AUGGACACCUCGGACGCAGCUUUCGUUGUAGAUCGGCAUCUUCCAGACCUGUUCACCGAAAACAUCACGGCCAAGGCUCUUCGAACAGCUCAGACUGCAAUCAAAGCUCUUCCGGACUUUUUCCCAGAGUACGUUCCUCAGGAUGCGGGUCAGGGCGGGAGGUAUACUCUUCGUGAGGCCGACUUCUGGACUUGUGGUUUCUUUCCAGGCACGCUGUAUACCAUCCUAGAGCGUGCCGUAAGGUUUCCUCAGAGCCUACAAUUGCCGCCUGAGAUAAGCAUUCUGCAGUUCCGCGAGCAACUCCUGACAUUGUGCCGUACAUGGGCAGAACCGUUGUACAACAUGGACACGCGCACCGACACCCAUGAUAUCGGCUUUAUUAUAAUGCCUGCAUUGCAGUUAGACUGGGAACUUUUUGGUAACCGGAAAAGUCUUGACUCGAUUGUAAGAGCCGCACGGAGCCUAGCCUCGCGAUAUAUUCCUUCUGCACGAGCAAUCAGGAGCUGGGAUAUACUCAAAACGAGAGACAUGGAGAUUCUGGAUCAAGAAGACAACAUGAUCGUUAUUAUCGACAGCAUGUGCAAUCUAGACCUCAUGUACUACGCCGCUCACCACACGCAAGAUCCAUCUUUGGCCGAAAUGGCGACUGCGCACGCCGAAACCCUAUUGAGGUCACACUUACGCCCUGAGCACGUGGUCUUGUCGAACAAACCGAAAGUCUGCUAUACUGGCCCAUGGUAUUCAACUUGCCAUGUGGCAAAUAUCGAUCCGAAAAGCGGCACUCUCAAGCAACGUCUGACUGCCCAAGGCUACGCCCACGAAUCCAACUGGGCGCGUGGACAAGCGUGGGCAAUUCUAGGAUACGCACAGGCUUAUCUCUCUACCAAAGACUGGCGUUUUCUGCAUGCUUCUUGUGGUCUUGCUGAAUACUUUCUUUACCGGUUGGAAACAACUCCAGCCUACGCGACUCCAGGCCGUUAUGUGCCGCUUUGGGAUUUUGACGCCCCCAUUGACGACGAAACCAACAUUGUCCGCGAUUCUUCCGCUGGCAUGAUCGCUGCUAAUGGAAUGCUUAUCUUGUCUCAGGCAUUAGCAGGGUUUGGUUCAGGCAUGCUGGCUUCUCGAUUUCGUGAAACUGCUAUGAUGAUAGUGCAGGAUACAAUCUCAUUUGCCUUGGCACCAGAGACGGCGACACUGGUGUGCGCAUCAAAUGGUUACAUCAGCGCAGAAGACUCGACGCCCGGAUGGUCUUUCGAAGGGAUGUUAAAGUACGGGACAGCUAACAACAACGAGCAAGCGCGAAAAAGAUAUGCGAAUCACGGAUUGGUAUAUGGAGACUACUAUCUUGUACAGUUCGGCAACCGCUUGAUGAAGAUGGGAAUUGUAUGA